AUGCUUUCUGGAUAUCGUAAUACAACAGCAUGGACAAGAAGACGUCAGCGUCUCACAAGACUAUGUGUGUUAAUGGCAGCACUGUUUGUUUUAUCUUGGUCACCGAACCAUGUAUGUAAUCUGUUGACAAAAACAUUUCAUAUUAACUAUCCAGUAACUGAAAUUUUACUUGAUUAUUCAAUGUGUUUAGCUAUGUCAAAUGCUGUAACAGGUCCGUUAUUAUUAAUCGCCACAUGCUCAAACUAUCAUCGUUAUAUAUUUCGCUUCUUCUAUCGAUCAUCAAUGACAAGCCACUCUACUACAAGUUAUUCAAUGCCAGCUAAUUCUAUACAUUCAUCAACUGGAAUAGGUUUACCAAUCGAAACAUUUCCAACUAUUCAUAAUCGUGUGCGCAAACAAAAACUAAAAAUCGCUGCGGAUUCACGUACAUUAGAAAUGGUUGGAAAUGAAUGUGACUCUAAUUAA